AAACAACUUGUCCACUGAUAUGCUCGCUUCAUUUUUAAAUUUUUAUAAAUUUUUUUUUUCAUAACUGUGCCAUGGCGUUUCUUUUCUCUUCGUAACUGUAGGAAAGGAAAGAAAACACUCGCUAUUUUCUCCGCUUUACGGAAAACGUUGAUCAAUGGAGGAGAUGGAACUGAAAAUGACAAACCUGAACCGCUCCAUGUCUCUUCAAUCUCUUUGCAGCUCAUCAAAGGAAAAAUGGUUUGGGUCACUCAACAACUUGGACAAAUGUACCUCAAUUGAAAAAUAUGGUUCAAGCGAAAAUCUGCCUCCACCUAAACAUUGUUCGACACCAAAGUCCAAAAUUUCUAACUAUUGCAACCAAAAAGCACUCUACAGGAAUUCUUAUGUUGGCAAAAAACAAAAUAUUUCCAAUACAUUGAAUCCAACACCCGUUGAUGUUUGGAUGGAGGAACUACGUGUAAAUUAUGCAUCCGAAUGUAUGACCUCCCUACAAAGUAAAUCAUUAUUUAGCGAUAUGAACAGCAAAAUAAAAAUGCUCGUCGAACUGACAACUAAAGUCAUUAAAAUUCUUCAUCAGCAAACAUACCUCAUUGCAAAAGAGUUUGACCACAUAUACAGGUGUUUGGAAAAUAAUUUGGAAAAUGGUGUUUACGCCUUAAUCGAAUCGCUAGUUUAUCACAUGAUUGAUGUUCUUGAAGAACAUUCCAAUUGUGGAAACAACUUGGAUGCUUAUUAUCAAGUCCUGGAAAUGAUUGAUCCGAUUACUUUGGAUAGACUUUUACCUUUACCAGAAUUGAUAUGGAAAAUAAAUGCUCUCGCUUUGGACUUUUCGAAAAAGAUUGAUAUUCUACUAUUAGAACAAAUUAAGAUAAUGGUUGGUGUAUUGGAACCACAACAGAAUAACGAUAGUUUGGCCAUUGUCAUGGAUGGAUUAAAUGUGGUCGAAUUACAACCAGAUCAUCUUGGAAACUUACUUGCUCGAUGCGGAGGAAUGACCACUCUGGUGCAACUACUUGAAACAUGCAAUAACGAUUCAAUAAAUACUUCUAUUGUGAAACUAUUGGCAAGAGUGUGCUGCACACCGAGUGCAAUUAAAGUGUUUAAAGAUAGUUGCGGCUUGGAAAUAUUAUGUAGAAUGCUAUCAACUUCUGAAAUUAAUCACAAUAAAAUGAAAGAAGGAAUGCUUCUAUUGUUGCAAGUCACUGGACCAUGGCUUAAAUACAAAAUCAUACCCUUAGAAAAAUACGUAGUGCCCAUAGUUUCUGCUUUGACAAGACUACUUAUGCACGCUAUUAACUCAGAAAUGAUACUUAUCGCAGCAGCAGGUUUGGCAAAUUUGAGCCAUGAAGAAAUAAGCUUGAAACCAAUUGUUAACGAAGGAAGUGUUAACACAAUACUGACAGUGAUUAGGAACGGAGGUGUUAAUGCAAGCAUAUUUUUGAAAGAGCAAGCGGCCACUAUAAUUUUAAACUUGUCAAACAAGCAAGAAUUCCGCCAUUAUUUAUGCGAAAUCAGAGUCAUACCAGCAAUACUCUGCUUUCUCAAGUAUGAAUUAACAUCAAAGACUUCAUCCCUGAUUGAAGCUACUACUUACAGGGUCCAAUACAAAGCUGCUUUAACUCUCUCCAGGUUGUGCAACGAACGUGAAGCAGUACACCAGAUCCAAGAGUUGCAAGGAGUGUCAAGAAUCAUUAAACUGUGCAAAGACGGAAUUGAAAAAAACGGUCAAGACGGUGUAAUUACAGCGUCGAUGGAAGCACUGCACAAAAUAAUGGCAUUCAGCAAAAAUGAGGCUCUGCAAAAAGGAAAACAAUUGUCAAUUUGCUCAAAACAAUUUGUAUCGAUCCAUUAAAAAAUCUUGGAAAGAUUGCAGCUUAUCAUUAGACAUUUAAUUAUUGUUUUUACCAAAAGCAUGACUUUAUUGUUAUUUUUAAACAUAAAAUAAUUAGUGUUACCAAUAUCAAGUGCAACAAAGAUGUCAUUUAUAGUUUGUCUUAAGUGUUAUUUUUUUAACAUUAUAAUUAAAAUCUUGUUAAAACUACAUUAUGGUUUUAUUGUGAUGUAAGUAUUGUAUUAUUAAUUUUUAACUGUAUGCUUAUUGAUAUGCACUUAUAUUGACAUAACAUUUGAAAUUUUUAACUUUAAUUAUUAAUAAUUGCUG